AUGGGUCCUAACUCUGUGCCUACAUGGGAUGCAAUGGUGGAGCUGUUCUUGGAGAAAUAUUAUCCACCUAGCGAGGCACUCAAACGCCAAGCUGAGGUCAUUCAAUACAAGAUGCACCCUCAGGAGAAUAUCAUGGAGGCUUGGAAAAGGUUCAAGCAGCUGAUGAGAAGAUGCCCCAAUCACGGGCUAACUCCGGGACAACAGAUCUUAACCUUCUACAGGGGAGGCACGCUGGAAGCAAUGCGUGAACUGAACAUGAGCGCCGGAGGAUCUCUCUUGAAAUUGGGGGAAGCUGAAGCACUUGAAGUGAUCGAGAGGGUAGCUUCAAAUGAUGAUGGAUGGAGAAACGACAGAGGAAAAUCAUAUAGGGUGGCAUCCACCUCCGAUAAUGAUAGGAUUGAUGCAAUAUCCAAGCAGCUGGAAUUUCUAACUGACAAGCUUGGGUAUAUGGGAACAAGUCAGUUUGGGACUGAGAUGCAACAAGGAGUCGAAGAUGUAAACUACGUUCAUCAAGGUGGCAACAACAGAAAUUUCAACAAUUACCACCCCAACCAAGGAGGAGGCAAUUACAAUCACUAUGGGAACAAGGUGCAUCCCAACUUGUCAUACGGGAACCCAAAUAAUGCCCUGCAACCACCACCCGGAUUCCAGGUAUCAAAUGGCCAAAUCAUAGAACCGAGGAAGGAUGAGCUGAAAGAUGUGUUAAUGGCCUUUAUGAAGCAAACGGGAGAGUGCAUGAAGGACUCCAACAAACGGCUAGUGCAGGUUGAAGCUAAUGUGAAUGACCUUAAUAUUCACAUGAAGAGCAUCGAUAACCAGAUGAGCCAGAUUUCACAGGCAGUGGGUAUUCAGCAUCAACCGGGCCAAUUUCCGUCACAAACAAUUGUCAAUCCUAAAGACUGUAAGGAUUGCAAAGCCAUUAAUCUUAGGAGUGGAAAGAGCUAUGAUGGCCCAACCUUGCCUGCAGAGAAGGAGAAAAUCUCUCAAGAAGAGGUGGUGGAAGAAGAAGAACCAGUGGAAGAGGUGCCGCCUCCCAAGGCAAGCAUCGUGAUACCUGCACCCCCUGCUGAGGUUAAGAUCCCAUUUCCACAGCGCGUGCAGAAGAAGAAGCUAGAUGAUCACUUCUCUAGGUUUCUUGACAUAUUUAGAAAAGUGCACAUCAACAUCCCGUUGGUAGAGGCGUUACAGCAAAUGCCUACAUAUGCAAAGUUUCUAAAAGAUGUGCUCUCCAAGAAGAAGAAGUGGACUGACUAUGAGACGGUGAACAUAUCUGAAAAUUGUAGUGCCAUAAUUCAGAAAAAGCUACCGGCCAAGCUUAAAGAUCCUGGGAGUUUCAACAUCUCAUGCGUUAUUGGAAAUGACAGACAGACAAAGGCACUUUGUGAUCUGGGGGCGAGCAUAAAUUUGAUGCCAUUAUAA